GUCAUCAUAACAGAAUCAUUCUGCGAUUUUGUUACUUCAACAUGACUCGAUCAAAAUUCUCGAAAAGGUAUUCCCGUUGUCCCGAAGAGCGAAACCGGCCCUGUCCGUCCAACAAUCCCACUUCCACAGCAGGUCAAACCUGGAAUGGAUGGAAAGCGGUCAUCAGUGUACAGGUGUUUUUAAAUGUAGUUUAUAGUGUUGUGAAUUUUUAGUUUUAAACACUUUUCAGAAUGAAAUCUUCAGAUUAAGAAGUUUCGUUGCUCCGGAAUUUAAAAUACGUUCAGUUAGUACAGGCGAUGCCUUCUCUUUAUACGAAGACUGCAUCUUGUGAUGGAGAGAAUUCUCAAUCUCGCAUUAUAGGAGAUAAACGAACAUCCCCAAACGGUCCAUUGCAAAAUCAAGUUUCUACUUCGAUCGCCGAAUAAGAUUCAUCCUCUGUCUUUCACUUCAGCUGUUGCAGUAAGGCAACUAACUGAAACCAGAUCCCAAGGUGUUGAUGGAAUCGCAAAGUCCAAACCAAGCCUUUGAAGCUCUCCGGUGAUCAUGGCUAACACUGCUGCUGAGAACGAAGCAGAUUCAGGCAGUGGUGUAGCGACAACGCAAGCGACACCGGAAGUAGCGACGACACAGGAAGAAGAUGCAGAUCAGAAUGAUGCUGAACAAGUAACGGGAUCUAAUACCUGUUACGAUUCAAGCGAAGGCUCAUUCAAGUGCAAUAAAUGUGAAUUCGAAACGACAACACAGCCACUUUUGACAGUUCAUAUUACACAAGUACACAGCACAAACGAAGUAGAAAUGGAAGUGGAAAACAACAAUCCUCCGCCUGAUCGAAUUCACAGAAAAAUGUUCGAAUGCGACGUCUGCAACAUGAAGUUCUCAAACGGGGCCAACAUGAGACGUCACAAAAUGAGACACACUGGUGUCAAGCCCUACGAGUGCAGAGUGUGCCAGAAGAGGUUUUUCAGAAAAGAUCACUUGGCUGAACACUUUACGACUCACACCAAAACGUUGCCUUACCACUGCCCCAUAUGCAAUAGGGGUUUCCAGAGACAGAUAGCGAUGAGGGCCCAUUUUCAAAACGAGCAUGUCGGUCAGCACGAUCUCGUCAAGUCUUGUCCAUUAUGCAGUUACAGAGCAGGCUCAAUGAAGAGCUUGAGGAUACAUUUUUUCAACAGACAUGGUAUUGACUUGGAUAAUCCAGGUCCAGCAGGUUCCCAAGCUUCGUUGCUCGCUGCAGCUGCUCAGCAAGGUUUUUCAAUGGAGGGCACGCUCAAUUCUCUUAGCCAGUUGACAGGUAGCCUCUCUGUGAGUGUCACUGGUGGGAGCGGAAGUGGAGGGGCCAACUAUAGCGAUUCUGGAGACUCCACUGGAAACAGAUCAACAGAUAAUGCAACACCUCCCAUGCAUUUUUUGACACCUCACGUAGAGAUUUCAAUGGCUGAUGCACCAGUACCUGUGUUUCCAGCCUCGCCGGGUGAUCAACAAAGGACGGACCAACCCGGUCAAAGUGAGGAGUCUACUCAAAGGAUGAAUGGCGAAUGCCCUAACUCUCCACAGUCUGCAGAUUCAAAUUCUAAUGCUCCGUCCAGCAGCCACAUUCAACCGAGUUCGCUCAGAUUAGAACAAGAGACCAAUAUCACGCCUUCCAUAUCACUUAUACCUAUCAAACAAGAACCCGGAGAAGAAUAUGAUAACUCAAAAAGAAAUGGCUCUAUGAAUUCAAGUACUUCGCCUUCUGGAAGUGUACAGUUACAAUCUGCAACUUCCAGUUGUCUCAGUUCUCUAAUAAAAGUGUCUCCCCUCAAAAGCCUGCUUCGGGACGAUUUAAAAAGAAAGAUAAUCACCAGAAGCAGUACGAACCGAGGGCGUUCAACAGCCUCUCCCAGCGGUAAUCCAGAAACAUCUCCGACUGAUGGUGCCACAACCACGAACGGCGUCAUAACCUCGACAGGUCUGGAACAACCCUCUGAUUCCUCAUUAUGGCGGUCUAUGACUAAGCGAUCGUUGAGUGGUCUGCAGUGCAUAUUCUGCGGCAUCGGUUUUCCAGACCAGACGCUGUAUUUCCUGCAUAAAGGAUGUCAUUCGGACGCGAACCCAUGGAAGUGCAAUAUUUGCGGGGAACAGUGCUGCAAUGUGUACGAGUUCAAUUCUCAUUUGCUGAGCAAAAGUCAUCAGUAAGUGAGGUUCAUUAUAUUACAGAUUUUAUACUGUUUGUAAGGACUGAUUUGAAAGUUCAAGGGUUUCUGGUAUUGAAUCCUAUUCAAAAAAGUUCCAGUACGAGAGUACGAAUCAUAAUAUCAAGAAUUGAUAUUCCACUAGAGAAAUAUUUCGUUUUCAGUUAUGAAUUGUACAAAAAAAGUUGGAAAAAUUAUAUUUUCAAAAGCUGUGAUGAGCAAUUGUUAUCCACAGAUUCAUUAAUGUACAGGGUAUCCCACUACAGGGUGACUUUCUGUAAAUUGAGUGGUUGAUUUUGCAAAAAGUAUAAACAGAAAAAUUAUAAAAAUUUUACCGUAAGAGAAUCACAUGAGGACAAAUCAGCUGAAAUAGUUUUGAUAACGUGAGGGUAUACUGGAAGUAGGUUCGAACUCUAUAUUUCAUUAUACAUCUAUAUUGUACAUCAAAUUAUAUAUCUAUAUAACCUAUCUCACCGUUUAAUAUAGAAAUUAAAAUUCGCAGGACCUUCAUUAUUCAAAUAACUACCUUGGUACUUUGCAUAGUUUUUCAAAUUCUGUUAUAACAGGAACAUCUACCGAAAUAUCUAAAUUGUAUCGUAUCGAAGAGAGAUGCAUACGUAUAAGAUAAUAAAUAUUUCGAAAUAAAAUCUCGAAGCAUUCAUCUCUCCCAACUACCUGCACAGUAGGUUCUCGUAAAUGCCUGCCGGAAAACAACUAAUUCCCUGGCUAACACCAUGCUGGAUAUUGACUUAUAUUCGACAGACAUUUAUGCAAGAUACCUUACUUG